AUGGUUGUCUGGUCUGCCCUUGCCCCCCACCACGGUCCUAUUGUGGUCACCCAUCUUGUAGCCUCCUCCUCUACCUUCAAGAAAACCGGAGGAGAGCCCGAGGUCCAAGCCUGUCACUCUGCCUCUUCUGAGCUGGCCAUAAACACGCUCGCCUGUCCCCAAGGAUCUAAAAAGAGCCACAGGGGGCAGCCCAGGGGGUGGGAGACGCUCCCAGGACCAGUGUUUCACCUCCCAGGCUGCUUCACCAAAACGACUCCACCAGCGUUAACGCUGGGGUUAUUUAACCGCUGUCAUUUCUCCGGGAACCAGGCAAAGCCGGCCACCACAGCCCCCUGGGCCGGGCGCAUUGCACGGGCACAGCAGCCGCAGGGCUUGCUGCUGCCUCCCAGCAGCUCCAGCCAGUUUGCUCUCAGCCAAGCUUCGCUGAGCCAAAACUUCAGCGAGUGGCUGUGGGAGCUGCCUCCUGCCCGGCCCUGGGACAUGUGUGGGGCUCAGGGUCGGGUGGCGAGAAACCGCAGAAAUGCCCAGGUUGCUGGAAGCAUUUUUAAAAUGAGCCCAGACAGCAGCGGCCGUCGUUACCAGGAGCUGCUGAGCAAACACGCGGAGCUGAACAGGCCUCAUAACUUGCUCAGCUUCCUGCAGUGCAUUCAGAGGUACUGCUCUGGGCGCUUCUCAUGUGGAUCCAAGCUGACCAAGAACAGACCGCUCGUGGACCAGGUGCGCGUUGGGCAGACCAGCACCAAGCAGAAGACCAACAAACCUACCUACAACGAGGAGUUCUCUGCCACGGUCACCGACGGCCAUCAGAUUGAGCUGUCUGUCUUCCACGACACCCCCAUCGGCUACGAUGACUUUGUGGCCAACUGCACCUUGCACUUCCAGGACCUCUUGCGCUCCGCAGGCCCCAGCGAGAGCUUCGAAGGCUGGGUGGAUUUGGAGCCAGAAGGCAAAGUGUUUGUCGUCAUAACUCUUACAGGCAGCUUCACGGAAGGCACCCUCCAGAGGGAUCGAAUUUUUAAGAACCUCACUCGGAAACGCCAGCGGGCGAUGCGAAGGCGAGUGCAUCAGGUUAACGGGCACAAAUUCAUGGCAACUUACCUGCGACAGCCUACGUACUGCUCACACUGCAGGGAGUUCAUCUGGGGCGUGUUUGGGAAGCAGGGAUACCAGUGCCAAGUAUGCACCUGUGUUGUACACAAGCGCUGCCAUCAUCUAAUUGUCACAGCUUGCACGUGCCAAAACAAUACUAACAAGACCGAUCUCAAGGUAGUCCAGCCUGACCAGCAAGGAAACCAGAGCGGGCUCGCAGCAGGUGAGGUGACUGAACAGAGGUUUGGUAUCAACAUUCCUCAUAAGUUCAGCGUCCACAACUACAAAGUCCCGACCUUCUGCGACCACUGUGGCUCCUUGCUCUGGGGAAUCAUGCGACAGGGCCUGCAGUGUAAAAUCUGUAAAAUGAACGUCCACAUCCGAUGCCAAGCCAAUGUUGCACCGAACUGUGGGGUGAACUCAGCAGAGCUUGCUAAAACCUUGGCAUGCAUGGGUCUGCAACCAGGAAGCAUUUCCCCAAAUUCG